AUGGGAAAAUAUUUAGGACACUUUGCUCUUAAUAGAGGAACAAUUGAGCGUGAGCAAGUACUCCGUAACAGAUAUCUAAACUGGAGGUAUUUGGUACUAUGCCGAAUAGUCGAAACCUACCAAGGUUCUGAGGAAGACUUGAACAUUGAGGAGGUCCAGGCACAGUCAGAAGAAGCGGAGGGCCCUAAAAAUUACCGUGAAAAAUACAGUCUAUCCAAGUAUACACCUGUCACACAGAGUGAUCCUAUUCCCGUUUCUAUGUUUGAGAUGCUCUCACCACACAAGAUAGAUGCUAUUAUGGUACUCAACAAACUGUUUGGCAUGGAAAUACCUCGAGCUGGUCAGCUUCUAUCUGGAAUAGUGCGACUUUGCAAACAUGAGCAGGCUCUCUCCCAUCUUAAUCAUCUCGCGGGUCUGAUAUCCAAAUAUAACUACUUGGAUGUCGUAACUCUACUCCAGGCAUUAUUACAUUGUCGAAACUUGGUUCUCAAAUCCCCAUUGCAUGACAGAGGCUCGAGUCCUCAGGCACGACUAUUGGAAGAGUUGUAUCAUUACAUGGAGGAAGCAUUUACUCUGUACUAUGGCCAAGGACAAGUCGACGAUGAGAUAAUCUGGGAUCUCUUGAGGCAGUUGGAGAUGCCUGAGUUGAUCGAUCACGUAGUAUCAUCUGGAGGACACCCUCAAUGA